AUGGGCGGGAACUUGCUGGGCGGGGACCAGGAAGGAGAAGACCUGGCACUCCCGGACCAGUGCUCCCUAUUUGCCGACUCCCUGCCCGAAUUCUGUGAGCCAAGUCUUGUGAAUGGGACACCACCCCCGCCACCGCCCCGUAUCCCUUUUGCUCCUCUCUCAGUCUCCCCUCCUGCUGUAGCCGGCACCCAAGGAUUUGAAUCCGGACUCCGGCAGGGAGCGCGCCUAGGCCGACCUCCGAGUGGCGGCCCCGCGGCCAACAUGCUUCGAAAAGCCCGGCUCAUUGCAGAGCGCUGCAAAGUUGGCGCGGGUGCUGGGGAAGUCCCGCCGCGCCCCCACGUGGCUGCCGCGCGGGGAGCUGUCCCCGGGGCCCAGGGAGGGCAGGUGACCACGCCGGGAGCCCGCAAACCCGGUCUCCAGCUGCCCCGGCCUCUGCGUCUGCCUCCCUCCCCUUCCUGGUCUGGGCGAGCUGCGGCGCUCCGUCGGGACCCUAUCGUUUCUGGGCCGGGCCGAGUGGCCGGCAAGCUGCGGCGGCUGCGUCUGGCUGCCCGGGUCCUGCGGGAGCCGGCUAAGGCGGGAGCUCAGUUGGCUUCAACCAUUGCCCAGCGCAGCUCUGCUCCUCUGUGGACCCAAGAAGCUAGGAGGCAUAGAACAACAAGGCCAGCUGGACCACAGAGGACAUCUGGGUGCUGUGUGGAACUAUUGCUGCUGCUGCUGGCCGGGGAGCUGCCCCUGGGCGGCGGCUGCCCGCGGGACUGCGUGUGCUACCCGGCACCCAUGACGGUCAGCUGCCAGGCGCACAACUUCGCCGCCAUCCCCGAGGGCAUCCCAGAGGACAGCGAACGCAUCUUCCUGCAGAACAACCGCAUCACCGUCCUCCAGCAGGGCCAUUUCAGCCCGGCUAUGGUCACCCUGUGGAUCUACUCCAACAACAUCACCUUCAUUGACCCCAACACCUUCGAGGGCUUCGUGCACCUGGAGGAGCUGGACCUUGGCGACAACCGGCAGCUGCGGACGCUGGCGCCGGAGACCUUCCAGGGCCUGGUGAAGCUGCACGCCCUCUACCUCUACAAGUGCGGGCUCAGCGCCCUGCCCGCAGGCAUCUUCGGCGGGCUGCACAGCCUGCAGUACCUCUACCUGCAGGACAAUCACAUCGAGUACCUCCAGGACGACAUCUUCGUGGACCUGGUCAACCUCAGCCACCUGUUCCUCCAUGGCAACAAGCUGUGGAGCCUGGGCCAGGACACGUUCCGGGGACUGGUGAACUUGGACCGGCUGCUGCUGCACGAGAACCAGCUGCAGUGGGUCCACCACAAGGCUUUCCACGACCUCCGCCGGCUGACCACCCUCUUUCUCUUCAACAACAGCCUGUCGGAGCUGCAGGGCGACUGCCUGGCGCCCUUAGGAGCCCUGGAGUUCCUCCGCCUCAACGGGAAUGCCUGGGACUGCGGCUGCCGGGCGCACUCGCUGUGGGAAUGGCUGCGAAGGUUCCGCGGCUCCAGCUCUGCGGUCCCCUGCGCCUCCCCCGAGGCGCGCCAAGGCCAGGACCUGAAGCUGCUGAGGGCCGAGGACUUCCGGAACUGCACGGGGCCAGCCUCGCCGCACCAGAUCAAGUCGCACACACUCACCACCACCGACAGGGCCGCUCGCAAGGAGCACUACCCGCCCCGCGGCCCCGCCAGGGACAAGGGCCACCCUCAUGGCCACCUGCCCGGCUCCCGCCCAGGCUACAGGAAGCCCGGCAAGAACUGCACCAGCCACAGGAAUCGCAACCAGGUGUCCAAGGCAGGCGCCGGGAAGCAGGCCCACGAGCUGCAGGACUACGCCCCUGACUACCAGCACAAGUUCAGCUUUGACAUCAUGCCCACCACCCGGCCCAAGAGGAAGGGCAAGUGUGCCCGCAGGACCCCCAUCCGUGCCCCCAGCGGGGUGCAGCAGGCCUCUUCGGGCAGUUCCCUGGGAGCCUCCCUCCUGGCCUGGAUACUGGGGCUGGUGGUCACUCUUCGCUGA